AUGAAAGAAAAAGAAUUCAUUAAGAUUGUGGCGAGCAGAUAUGAACUGGCUUCAACCAGUAGCGCGGCUGUGAUCCCAUUCAGCAGCCAAGCGACCAACGGAGUUCGGCUCGGCUCUAUGAGAACAGCAUUAUCGUUUGCUACUGCAGUGGAUAAUAUCCCGUAUGAUGCGUUGUAUACCCGUAUUGACCUUGCACUUCGCCUGGCCUAUGAUGAAUACUUUUCAUCGGAAGACUCGAACGAAACACAGAAACUAGUGAUAUUGCUGACCGAUGGAAUACAAUCUAUAUUCUCUGGUAUGACUCCACCUUACAUUCCAAUAGAGGAUACGGUACAGCUCCUUCGUUCCAAAGCUGCUCGUAUCUUUGCUGUUACUAUUGGGGAUAAUAUUGACAUGUCAGCGAUGAGGGCUGUUACUGUGGAAGACGACGACAUAUUUCAAGCCACAGAGUUCAAUGAUUUGGUAGCGAAAGCCGACUCGAUAUCGAAGACAUCAUGCAUUGACGCUCGUAAGCUAAAUUUCUUGUAUAUUUUGCAGCUAUUUUAA